GCUCUCAGGACCCCGAAAGCGGCGAGAGCCCGAUCGGCGCCUGGGAGGUGGGUUUGCCUCCGCUGUGUGCUCGGCGCUGUACAGCAGGGGCGCUUGGCAGCACCCCAGGCGUCGCCCCGCAUCCAUGGGGGAGAAGCGGAUCUUGUGCGUUGGCCUCGUGUGCUUGGAUAUCAUUAGCGUGGUGGAUCGCUACCCGGAAGAGGACACAGACACCAGGUGUCAGUCGCAGCGCUGGCAGCGAGGGGGGAAUGCCUCCAACACCUGCACGGUCUUGUCUCUCCUGGGGGCACCCUGUGCUUUCAUGGGCUCACUGGCUCCGGGCCAUGCUGCAAAAUUCAUCCUGUCUGAUUUCCUGCACCGCAACGUGAAUGUGGCCCAUGUGGUCUGGCAAAGCCAGGGGGACACACCGUGUGCCUGCUGCAUCGUCAACAGCUCCAACGGCUCUCGGACAGUCACUCUCUUUGACACCAACCUGCCAGAUGUGACAGAUGCUGAUUUUGAACAGGUUAACCUGUCUCAGUACAAGUGGAUUCACUGGGAGGGCAGGAACGCCUCUGAACAGGUGAAGAUGAUACGACGGGUAGAGGAGUAUAGCCGAACCUGCUCCGAGUCUCAGCGAGUGGGCACAUCUGUGGAAGUGGAGAAGCCACGACAAGAUUUAUACCAGCUGUUUGGCUAUGGAGAUGUGGUGUUUGUCAGCAAGGAUGUGGCUAAAGAUUUUGGUUUCUAUUCUGCCUCUGAAGCUGUGAAGGGGCUGUACAGGCGUGUGAAACCAGGGGCCACCUUGAUCUGUGCUUGGGCUGAGAAUGGGGCUGAUGCGAUGGGACCAGAUGGGCAACUGGUGCACUCAGAUGCCUUCCCCCCCGACAACGUCGUGGACACGCUGGGAGCCGGGGACACCUUCAACGCUUCUGUCAUCCUUGCUCUAAGCAGGGGGAGACCACUUCAGGAGGCCAUCACCUAUGGGUGCCAGGUGGCUGGCCGGAAGUGUGGGGUGCAUGGCUAUGAUGGGAUCGUGUGAGCUGCAUUCCAGAACGCAUUCCGGAAGCCACAUCUGCUGGGUCUGGGACCCUUCUCCAAGCCAAGGACCAAAAUCUUCUGCUGCUGCACUGCAUACACACCAUGGAUGCUGGUGCUGCUUUUAUGCAACUCACAGGUGGUGGGAGAGGGAAAGGCCAAGCCUGACUUGCCAUCCUGCACGUACCGUGCUGUCUGCUCUGGCUGGCCCUGGUGCUUUUGUCCCCAGUGGGGACUCUUGUGUUGCUACUUCUUGAGUAAAGAUCAAUAAAAGCGCUCAGAUUUACAGAUCA